AUGGCAAUGUCGGACUCCGAUUCAGAUCACGAGGUCAAGAAAGGGACAAAGAAACAAAAGAGAAAGCAAGAAAAGGAAAGCUCAUCCGAUGAAGGUGUCAAUGAUCCGAUUCCCGUCAAGAAGGCAAAACCGACUUCCUCCAGUAACAACAAAACCAAGAUCAGUGGAAACGAUGCAAUCGAACUCGGAAAAAUGAAGUUUGUCACGAUCUCGCAAUUCAGUGGCAGAAAAUUUGUGGAUGUUCGUGAAUAUUACAACGAUAAGGGAUCAGGCGAAAUGAAACCAGGAAAGAAGGGUAUUGCUCUCUCAAUCGAACAAUUCACCGUCCUCAAACAAAACAUCGACGAGAUCGAAAAAAUGUUCUCGCGUACU